AUGGUCGCCGCUCUUCGAUCUGCCGCCGCCUCGCUCGUCCGAGCCCGUGCUCCUUUGGCCAUCGCCCGCCAGGCUGCUCCUAUGGCUCGCGCUGCCGUCGUCGCUCCCCGCUUCGCACCCGUCCGCUUCUACGCCGCCUCGGCAGGUCUCGCCAAGUCCGACAUCGAGUCCAGGAUUGUGGACGUGCUCAAGACCUUCGAGAAGGUUGACCCCAGCAAGGUCUCCCCCGCCUCGUCGUUCACCACUGACCUCGGUUUGGAUUCCCUCGAUGCCGUUGAGGUCGUCAUGGCCAUCGAGGAGGAGUUCACCAUCGAGAUCCCCGAUGAGGAGGCUGACAACAUCACCACCGUUCAACAAGCCAUCGACUACAUCGCCAAGACCCCUGAGGCUGUGUAA